GGGAUCAGUUCAUCGUAACCAGCGCCAUCGAACGGAAGUAAUCCACUAGUGACUAGUGAUCGAAGAACGAACUGUAAAAGUGCUUGAAACAGAUCAAAAGCGCAUCGCUUACGAAUAUCAAGUAUACGCCACGUAUAUACAGCCGCUGAAUAUGUCGCCGAGGAAGAGCCUGCUGCUGGGCUGCCUGCUGGUGGCCGCCGCAACAACAAUGCUGGAUAUGGUCGCCGCGAACACUGACACAAACAAUGUGGAUGACCCCGAAGUGUACAUGCUGCAGGGAGUGCGCGUGUAUCCCAACGAUCGACAGUGUGUGCUGGUGGGCGGACUGUGUGUGGCGACCACCGAUUGUAUGGAGCCGACCACCAACAAGGGCCUAUGCCCCACAAGCGCCGGUCACGAUGUGGAGUGCUGCUACGAACUGCCGGUUAGACCAGCGCCCUGCGCGCAGCACUUUGGAGAGUGCAUGGACCGAUGCCACCAAAGGCUCCUCCGCCCGGGAACCGAUUGCGAAAAUGGCCAAGUCUGCUGCGUCCUGAUCUAGUUAUAAACACAUUCUCAAAUCCACAACCCAGCACAUAAAACAUCUAAACACCCAGAUAGAGGAUCCCUUAAAUGUCAGUAUCAUUAUAUUUUUGGAUUUUUUGUCAAGAUGAAGUCUUUCUUUAUUUAAUUUAACAUUGUUUAUAAGAUGAUUAGUCAUCAGAAAUGUUGUUUGAAAGUUUAUUGAAACUGAUAUUGAUACUUUGUUUCGUUUCUCUAUCUAAACAUCCUCACUUAUAUACAUACACCGUACAUUAACAUGUAUUUAUUUAACUAUAUACUAUAUAUUAAUUAUAUUGUACGAAUACCUUUGUGCGACAUGUUAAGAGUCCCCCGUUCCCCAUCCAUAAUAAUCCCCCUCCCCCACGAGUGAAAUAUUUGUCUGCUUCCAAUAAAAUGCAUUGUAAAUAUUUUCCAAAAACUAA